CCUGACAGGCCGAGCUCGCGGCCGGCUGCCGGCCAGGCAGACCCUGCAGCUGAGUUGCGCUGUAGCUGUGGCAGGUGAGAGCCUCCGGAAGGGAGGCGGCCUCUGGCCCGGAUCCCGCUCCGCGAUCGCCCACUCGGGCGCUCGGCCGGGCCUGGCAGGGAAGGGCCGCCGCCGCCGCCGCGCGUUGGCGAGGCCUGGCGGGGCCGCGGGGCCCAGGAAUGGCGUAAGGGGCCCCCCCAGACUCCGAGACGGCCCUAGCGGGUCGCCGGCUGUGGGACGGCGGCGUGCCCUUCCUUUCCUCCCUCCCAGGUUCGCGCCCGAGCUCUGCUAGCGACCCGUCCGACAACUUCCGGACUCCCAGGGGGAGCCCUGCCAUCAAGGAAGACAGCACAGGACUGGGACCCACCCAUGAACCCUUCUCAGGACAACCCAACAGCACCAGUGGGGAUGUUCUCCUAAGCCGCAGAGGGCCUGGGCACGCCAUCCAUCCUCCAGGAAGGCCAUGGUGUUAAUGCAGGGCAAGGGCAGCUCUCAGCAGUGGCCUGGUCUGGGAGGCGAGGGUGGUGGCACAGGUCCCUUAGGCAUGCUCAGAGCUGCCCUGCUGCUCAUCAGCCUGCCGUGGGGGGCCCAAGGGACAGCCAGCACCAGCCUCAGCACUGCUGGGGGUCACACUGUGCCACUGACUGGGGGCCGCUACUUGAGCAUUGGAGAUGGCUCUGUGAUGGAGUUUGAGUUUCCUGAGGAGAGUGAGGGCAUCAUUGUGAUCUCCAGCCAGUACCCAGGCCAGGCCAACAGGACGGCGCCCGGCCCCAUGCUCAGGGUCACAUCCCUGGACACAGAGGUGCUGACCAUCAAGAACCUCGUGGACACCCAUGAGGCCCCGCCCACACUGAUUGAGGAGCGGAGAGACUUCUGCAUCAAGGUCUCACCUGCUGAAGACACCCCUGCCACCCUCAGCGCCGACCUAGCCCACUUCUCGGAAAACCCAAUACUCUACCUGCUCCUGCCUCUUAUCUUUGUCAACAAGUGUUCGUUUGGGUGCAAAGUGGAACUCGAGGUUCUGAAGGGGCUCAUGCAGAGCCCCCAGCCCAUGCUGCUGGGCCUCCUGGGCCAGUUUCUGGUCAUGCCCUUGUACGCUUUCCUCAUGGCCAAGGUCUUCAUGCUGCCCAAGGCCCUGGCUCUGGGCCUCAUCAUCACCUGCUCGUCGCCUGGCGGCGGGGGUAGCUACCUCUUCAGCCUCCUUCUUGGAGGGGACGUCACCCUGGCCAUCUCCAUGACUUUCAUCUCUACGGUGGCUGCCACUGGCUUCUUGCCUCUGUCUUCGGCCAUCUACAGCCGCCUGCUCAGCAUCCAUGAGACACUCCACGUGCCCAUCUCCAAGAUCCUGGGGACCCUGCUGUUCAUCGCCAUCCCCAUAGCCGUGGGCGUGCUGAUCAAGUCGAAGCUCCCCAAGUUCUCCCAGCUGCUGCUGCAGGUCAUCAAGCCCUUCAGCUUUGUGCUCCUCCUGGGCGGCCUCUUCCUGGCCUAUCGCAUGGGGGUCUUCAUCCUGGCAGGCAUCCAGCUACCCAUCGUACUGGUGGGUAUCACGGUGCCCCUGGUUGGCCUGUUGGUGGGCUACUGCCUAGCCACAUGUCUGAAGCUGCCAGUGGCCCAGCGGCGGACGGUCAGCAUUGAGGUAGGGGUGCAGAACAGCCUGCUGGCCUUGGCCAUGCUGCAGCUAUCCCUCCGCCGCCUUCAAGCUGACUAUGCCUCCCAGGCCCCCUUCAUUGUGGCACUGAGCGGCACCUCCGAGAUGCUGGCCUUGGUCAUCGGCCACUUCAUCUACAGCAGCCUGUUCCCAGUUCCCUGAGGCCUCUGGGUCAAGCUUUCAUCAGCCAAAGUUCUCAUGCACUAUGCACUCAGAAAAAUCCAGGCUUCUUUUUUUUUACUGAUUUUUUAUUCUCCAGCUUUCAGUGCCAAAGAGGCCAUGCUGAGUUAGGUAGGUGGGCAGUGCCCAGAAAAUAUAUUUCAAUAAAAGAGAGAAGCAA